CGCAGCCGGAAGUGUGAGCUUUGGUAGUUAGGGUGUUACACUUAGAGGAGGCUAUUUAAAGAUGAGUUAUCAGAGGAAAAAUUUAUAUCGUAUGUAACUUGUCAACUUCCUAACUUCCUUGAAUGACCAGAAAUACAAGGCCACUAAUCAUGCAUGUAGGAUAUAUUUCAAGAGGGAUACUCAACUUCAGAUGGUACAUAAUCCAUUAUUUCCGGGGAAUGUGUUUCGUUUUGUUCCUAAUGAUCUAAUACUGAACCACACAAAUGCUCAGUCGCAUCUUAUAGAUGUUAUUGGUCUAUUUACUGGCAAGGGUGACAUAAUUCAAUUUACUAAGAAUGGCAAGAAGUGCAACUACAUUGUUCUCGAGCUUGAUGACAUGAAGGGAAAAGGCAAGAUUAGGUGCACAUUUUGGGAGGAUUUUGCAACUAAGUUGGUCAAUCACAUGGAAGAGCAGCCAACAUCACUAAGUUCAACCUCUUUAAAGAUGCAAUGGGCAUAUCAAAUACCAAUCAUAAUUCAAUUCUCUACAUCAAUGUGGACUUCCAAGAGGUUAAGGAUUUUCGCAAGAGCGUCAUCAUGGCUGCGGUUCCACAUGCAAACCAACUAUCCCAAAUUGCUACAGAGCCAGCGUACUCUAUGGAGGAUGAUCUCAUCAACAACUCCAUUUACAAACCCAUUUCUGAACUCAAGGCAUCCAUUGAGAAUGGGAGCUUUGUGACAAUUGGAACUGUAAUUGCAAUUGACCCCAAGAACGGUUGGUGGUACAAAAGUUGUAAGCAUUACUUUCAUUCACUAAGGGAGGCUAAGGAUUCCUACUAUUGUGCCAAGUGUGCCACCUAUCCAACCACUCACACACCUAGGUAUAGCAUUAAUAUGAAGGUUGCUGAUGAUAUUGAUACGGCUGCAUUCCUUCUUUAUGACAAGGAAGCGACCAAAUUUCUUGGAAUCUCUGCCUCUGACCUGAGGCUUGCACAUCUAACCAGGCCAAACCUUGCAAUGGAACACUCAGAACUGUUGAGCUUGCAAACUGCUUCCACCGACACGUCAAAGGGCACGAGUUCUCCUUCUGUUGAGACUUUGGUGGACAACUCUAACGAUGCUUUCUCGACCCCCAAGAGAAACAUUAUUAGUGGUGGAUGGUCUAAGCAACUCAUUGAUCUUUAUCCAGACUCUGCUAAUGGAUCAUCAUUGAAGUGUAGAAAUCUCGAAGAUGGCAUUCUCAGAGUUGAUAAAGUCUACCAAGAUUAGUCUGGAUAGAUUCUCAAGCAAAAUAUAUGGUGGACUACUGAUCAAGCUCAAGUAUCAUAGUAUAUUUCCCAGUAUCAAUGUUGCGUAUAAUUAUGGUUUUGUGUUGUGUCCUUUAAUGAAAUGAUGUCGUUGCUUUUUUUUCCCUUUAGCUAUGUCAUCCAAUAACGCAUGGUCUAAUGCAAUCAAACCAUGCGAGUAAUUGUGUGCAUGUAAUGCUAAUUAUGUAUGUGGAGCAAAAGCAAUAUGUAUGAUAUGUGCUUGCUUCUUAUGUUUGGUUCCUUUAAUCCAAUCGUAAUGUGUUUGUUUAAUAA